AUGCAAGACUUAGCUUUGGGCGAGCCGGAGAUGAUGGAGAUUGACUAUGAGCCUUCUCGAAUUGAUAAACCAAAUUUGCACAACGAGCGAUUGCCCAUUGACACGCCUAUUCUAGAUGACGAACCGCCAGACGAUGAACUGCCAUCGGGUAUUGCGCCUGGUUUGAGAGGUGAGCCGACCAGCAUUCUUAGCAGAAGAAACCGCCUACCUAACUCGGUCGCGAAAGAUACUCAAGUAAAAGAAUACGGCUGUGACACGGUUUGGCUCGAUAAAAUCUGA